AUGCGUGAUCACGUAGGCUACUUGGAGACAAAGAACAAGGCUCGCAUGCAUGUUUAUGCACUUCCUGAGCAGCAUCACCGACGAGUCAGCUCUGAAUCGCCGGCACUAUCGUUAUGCAGAGCGCUCGGUGCCUCUACACCACCAAAACCUGGUCAGACCAGACGGCUGCGCCCUCCGCCUCUAUUGAAGCCAAAGGUGAGGCUCAAGCUCGCGUCAGCCAUGGCCUUGUCCUACCCUCAGCUGCAGUCUACUCCCUGGUCGCAUUCUGGCUUGGACAAAUCGGACAUCAUCUUCAUGUGUUUGAAUCGACCUGACGCUACGAUCGAUUUGACGGCCCCCCACAUAAGUCAAAACUUUACCUCAAGAAGCGCUCCGAAGGCUUCUUCCACUUCUACAGCAGUCUCGGACUCGAGCACUGCAUUGAGCAUGGCUCUCGCCUUCAUCAAGCAGUCGCGGGGUGAAGGCCUUUUCGCCCUUGGAAAGCUGCUCGUCGAGCUUGCCUUCAAUUCUCCUCUUGAAAACCUGUUUGAAGACGAGGACAAAGACCACGGCAAGGUAUUCGAAUUCACAGAGUAUCUUGCUGCGAAAUGUCUCCUGUCAGAGAUAUACGAAGAGCAUGGAUACCUUUACGGAGAAGCUGUUCGGAGAUGCAUUGAAGGCGUUGACGUUCGUGAGAAAGCUGUCGAGAAUCCAGAUUUUCGGAGGGUGUUCUUGCGGGACAUCUUUCAGCCCCUGCAAGAUACAAGUACAUUUUUCAACGGCAACCCUGGAUGA